CCGGGGUCUCUGACAGCCGACGGGUUCACGGCACCAGGAGACCGACGGUUUCAGGCUAGAGACCUGGCAUGACCUGGCCAUGUCGACUCCUGCGAUCGCUCGGCGGCGUGUGUGAUCCUGUCGUCACCCCGACGGGGUUUGCAGCCACCAGCAACGGCAUCACCCUCGACCUGAGACGCUGCGCUAAUCUGCUCGUGGUGAAGGACCGACUCGUGUUGCACAUCGCCGCCGCCUGCUGUUGGGCGACGGGACUGCCGAGUAGACGUGGACUCCGUGGACGGUGGAGCACGCCUCCCCGCCGUGGCUACGGGUGCCUCCGGCACCGCAGCAUUACCACUCUCUUCCCAUGGCGUGUGAGUAGGCCUCAAUUGAGGCUUGAGGCUUGGCCCGGCUCCGAUCUUUCUCCACUCACUGUUGUUGACAGAAGAUAUUCUCAGCGAGUCGACAUUUGGUGCACUCGCUUCAGUCGCCGAGACCUUGCGCCACUAAGACUACGACCGACGCUCGAGAUCACCGGAGCGCUAAGAGAGGAGUAGAGAUGCCAGAGCCGCGGCGACGAAGUGGCAGGAACCACGAUGAGACUGACUCCGAAUAAUCGCAG